ACUUCCUUCUACCCUCCCUCGCCCCUCCUACAGGAGAUCCUGCAGCUGCAGCAGCAGCCUCAAGCUGUCAGAGUCCAGCCGAGCCCUGAAAGAGAAGAAGGCAGCAAUGGCAGACGGUGGGACAGAUCCUGCUGUGUUCACCUCCAGCACUCUGCCCUCAGAUCCCCGCCUCCUUGCGACAGUGACCAAUGCCUAUCUGGGGACCCGAGUUUAUAGGGACAUCCUCCAUGUAAACGGGGUGUAUAAUGGGGCAGUGGGGGACACUCACCGUGCCGAUGUCCCCAGCCCUGUGAAUGUCAGAAUCAACGUGCCUGGUGAGGAUGGACUGACAGAGACCUUCACUUUGAACACCAGGACAGGGACUUUCAGCCACUUGCUUCAGUCGCCAGGUUACACCGCCACUCACAGGAUCUACGCCCACCACUCCCUCGUACACCUGCUGGCCUUCAGCAUCACCAUCAAGCGAUCGGCUGCCAGAGGCCCACCAGUGACCGUGCAGCUCCAGAUGCAAUUCACACCACAGAGCCGAGACCUGGACUUGCACCAGGGGCAGGACUUCCAGGGAGCUCAAUAUAUCUAUGGGAAAACUUUGAUCCCCGAGGUGGAGGGGGCUCCCCAGCCCACGGUGCACAUGAUCUGGACUCCGGUGCCGCAGGCUGUGACCCUGCCAGGGGAGGAGCAGGAGAGAACCUGGGACUUCCUGACCGCCGUGGCAGAGAGUGAAGAGGAAGUGAAGAGGUGCUUUAGCGAAGGAACGUCCCUGAUUGCGGCUGGCUCCUUAUACUCCUCUCACACCCAGGCCUGGGCAGCACUCUGGAAAGGAUGCCGGGUCGAUGUAGAUGGGCCUCUCCCUUUGAGGCAGGCCCUGUAUGGAUGUCUGUAUUACCUGCUGAGUGCAAUUCCUCCCCUGGAUUCUCCUGACUUCCUGUUCCAUGGAAUCAGUCCCGGCGGGUUAUCCAAUGGCACGCAGGGAGAAGACUAUUGGGGGCACGUCUUCUGGGACCAGGACACAUGGGUAUACCCAAACAUCCUGUUAUUUUACCCUGAAGCAGCCCGAGCCAUCCUGCAGUACCGUAUUCGAGCACUAGGUGGAGCCCUGAAGAAUGCUCAGGAGCAGGGAUACCAGGGUGCCAAGUUCCCUUGGGAGAGCGCAGCCACGGGCCAGGAAGUCUGCCCUGAAGAGAUUUAUGGAGCGCAAGAAGUUCACAUCAAUGGGGAUGUUUUGCUGGCAUUUGAGCAGUAUUAUCACGCCACACAGGACCAGAAGCUGUUCAGGGAGGAAGGAGCCUGGGACGUGGUCGGUACGGUGGCUCAGUACUGGUGCAGCAGGGUGGUGUGGAGUCAGGAGGAGCAGUGCUACCACAUCAAAGGUGUCAUGCCCCCAGAUGAGUAUCACUACAGUGUCGAUAACUCUGUUUACACCAACGCCGUGGCCCAGAGGAGCUUGAACUUUGCAGCCGAGGUGGCCCGUGAUUUCCAGAUCCCUGUCCCUGAGGAGUGGCAGGAGGUUGCCAAGAAAGUCAAAGUGCCGUUUGAUGCAGCCAGGAACUACCAUCCAGAGUAUGAUGGGUACAGCCCAGGUAAGCACGUGAAACAAGCUGAUGUCGUUUUGCUCGGAUACCCAGUGAUGUAUCCCAUGAGCUCUGAAGUCCGAAGGAACGACCUGGAGAUGUAUGAACCUGUCACUGAGCUGGAUGGGCCAGCCAUGACCUGGAGCAUGUUUGCGGUUGGCUGGAUGGAGCUGAAGGAGAUCCAGAGGGCACAGAGUCAACUGAGCAAGUGUUUCAACAACAUCACCGAGCCAUUCAAGAUCUGGGUGGAGAACUCCGACGGGUCAGGAGCUGUGAAUUUCCUGACGGGUAUGGGAGGAUUCCUGCAGGCCAUCCUUUUUGGAUACACGGGGUUCAGGAUCACCAAGAGCAGCCUGAACUUUGACCCUACAUGCCCGGACAACAUCAGCAAACUCAAGGUCACUGGAGUCUCUUACCUUGGAAGCAAGUUGAACUUCACGCUCACCAAAGAGAACGUUAGGAUAAAGGUGACAAAGUCCUCACGUGACCCGCAGCUGUGCCCCCUGGAGGCUGUGCUGGUAUCAUCGGGCCAACGCAUUCCCUUACCCGAAGGGCAGAGCGUCUCCUUCGCCGCAGCUGCUGGCCGGAUCCAGAGAGCAUCCGCCGAGCCAUUUUAAGUUGUAUUUGUCAGGGCAGGUAUUAAAACCACCAAACCUACGCAACCAUGGCAGGGAGCAGGCGUCCUAGAGCAGGAGUCCUGGGAGCCCCUGCUGCGUUGUGGCACAGACUGAGGUUUGGCUGCACAGGCCCUGCGCAUAAGUGACGUGCUCCAGGGGGAGGCUGUUUGAUUUCCCUGCUUCCUUUGUGGCCAGUGAGGAGAUGUUUGGAAAAUGCUAGAUGGGAGUGGGGAGGAGGGGAAUGCACCAUCCUCCUGCUCAUAUUGCCCUUGGGAAAUGGUUUUAUUGACAGCUGAAUUUGAUUCACCUCCCAAUUACCUGCCCUUAUUACUUCCCUGCAUAUUUGCUGACCAAUAUUUACCCCUUCUCUGCUGAGCUCAGCUUCUGCAACAUCCCUUUGAGCACCCAUUAAUGGCACUUCCUUAAGCUUGCACCUAGUACGUUUGGCUGCAUGGGAGCUGGCUUUUGCCCUCUGUGCCUGGUACAAUGUGUCACACACAUGUGAUGGAGUGACAGCAGCUUCUCCAUAGUUAACAUGGCAUGUCAUUUUCCAUCACAUGGUGAGAGUUUCAAAGGCACAAGGGCUAGGCCACCCCCAACUCCCAUUUGUGCCUUUGAAAAUCUCUCCCUAAAGUCAGGUUUCAGAGUAACAGCCGUGUUAGUCUGUAUUCGCAAAAAGAAAAGGAGUACUUGUGGCACCUUAGAGACUAACCAAUUUAUCUGAGCAUAAGCUUUCAUGAGCUACAGCUCACUUCAUCGGAUGCAUACUGUGGAAAGUGUAGAAGAUCUUUUCAUACACACAAAGCAUGAAAAAAUACCUCCCCCCACCCACUCUCCUGCUGGUAAUAGCUUAUCUAAAGUGAUCACUCUCCUUACAAUGUGUAUGAUAAUCAAGUUGGGCCAUUUCCAGCACAAAUCCAGGUUUUCUCACCACCUCCCCACACACACACACACACACAAACCCCCUCUCCUGCUGGUAAUAGCUUAUCUAAAGUGACCACUCUCCUUACAAUGUGCAUGAUAAUCAAGGUGGGCCAUUUCCAGCACAAAUCCAGGGUUUAACAAAAACGUCUGGGGGGUGGGGGGUGGGAAAAAACAAGGGGAAAUAGGUUACCUUACAUAAUGACUUAGCCACUCCCAGUCUCUAUUCAAGCCUAAGUUAAUUGUAUCCAAUUUGCAAAUGAAUUCCAAUUCAACAGUUUCUCGCUGGAGUCUGGAUUUGAAGUUUUUUUCUUGUAAUAUUGCAACUUUCAUGUCUUUAAUCGCGUGACCAGAGAGAUUGAAGUGUUCUCCGACUGGUUUAUGAAUGUUAUAAUUCUUGAUAUCUGAUUUGUGUCCGUUUAUUCUUUUACGUAGAGACUGUCCAGUUUGACCAACGUACAUGGCAGAGGGGCAUUGCUGGCACAUGAUGGCAUAUAUCACAUUGGUGGAUGUACAGGUGAACGAGCCUCUGAUAGUGUGGCUGAUGUUAUUAGGCCCUGUGAUGGUGUCCCCUGAAUAGAUGGGCACAGUUGGCAACGGGCUUUGUUGCAAGGAUAGGUUCCUGGGUUAGUGGUUCUGUUGUGUGGUAUGUGGUUGCUGGUGACUAUUUGCUUCAGGUUGGGGGGCUGUCUGUAGGCAAGGACUGGCCUGUCUCCCAAGAUUUGUGAGAGUGUUGGGUCAUCCUUCAGGAUAGGUUGUAGAUCCUUAAUAAUAGGCUUGAAUAGAGACUGGGAGUGGCUAAGUCAUUAUGUAAGGUAACCUAUUUCCCCUUGUUUUUUCCCACCCCCCCCCCAGACGUUCUUGUUAAACCCUGGAUUUGUGCUGGAAAUGGCCCACCUUGAUUAUCAUGCACAUUGUAAGGAGAGUGGUCACUUUAGAUAAGCUAUUACCAGCAGGAGAGUGGGUUUGUGUAUGUGGGGGGGGGGGGUGAGAAAACCUGGAUUUGUGCUGGAAAUGGCCCAACUUGAUUAUCAUACACAUUGUAAGGAGAGUGAUCACUUUAGAUAAGCUAUUACCAGCAGGAGAGUGGGGUGGGGGGAGGUAUUUUUUCAUGCUUUGUGUGUAUAAAAAGAUCUUCUACACUUUCCACAGUAUGCAUCCGAUGAAGUGAGCUGUAGCUCACGAAAGCUUAUGCUCAAAUAAAUUGGUUAGUCUCUAAGGUGCCACAAGUACUCCUUUUCUUUCUCCCUAAAGUCUGAUUUUGGCCACCCACCUAAAACCCACCAGAAGAGGGAAUAUUGACUCAGAUGGGUAGUUUAGCUCCGGAGCUAAGGAGGAAUGUUUCUACCCAACCCGAACAAAAUUGCGCAAGUGAGUCCUGCAUUGCAAUCCCCUAAAAAUAGGUGUCUGCUGAAAUCCAAGAAUUCGUCUGGCUUUAUGUAUUGCUUUGUAGUAGAAAACCAAACAGAAAGAGAGAGAGAACACAUCGUCUGCUGGCUUCCCCUGGCUGAAAUCUCACGCCCAACCCCACCCUUUUGCUGCUUAGUGUCCAACUCUAAAUGUUACUGUCAUUCUGACUAGGCUCCCUAGAAUGGCACAUUGGCUCUGGCGACCUCAUUUGGGCUCAACAGGGGCUCCAGACCCACUGGGCCUGACUCUGUUCUCCAUUCCACCAGCAUAAAGUGGGAUUAUCUCCACUGAAAUCCAACGGGUCGCAUGGGCGAAAUGGACUGGGGAAUCAAACCCAUUACUUGGUAAUCACCGGCCAGGUGCUUGGAAGGUACAGUACACAAAAUGGAGACAGUCCCUGCCCCAGGGUGGUUAUGUUUUAAAGGAGACACACGCUGGGGAACCCAGAGGAGGUAUUUUAUUGGCUAAUGUUGUUGUUGCUCCCUUGGGGACACUGCGGAAGUCACUGUGUGUAGGAGGGUGGGUCUUUUGGAGAGGUGCGGCAAGCGGCCCGCAGGACGGCUGGCGGAGAGUUGUGGCCAGAGCAGAGCCUCGCAGAGAGGCGCGGCAAUCAGCCGUUGCGGCGAUGAGCAAGUGCCCAAGCAGUGGAGCAUGUAAAGUGCCUCCUUACCCCCCCAUCUCCCCUCCACACAGGGUGGAAGGUGAACUUUGCAGACGAGAUCAGCUCCUGAAGUCUUUUUCCACAGCUCACCACUAGAUGUCAGGGGAGAGCUCAUUCAGACUCUGCUUACAUAUACACUUAAAAUGCUACCGUGUAGACACUCACUACAGUGAUGAGAGGGUCUCCCGUUGCUGUAGUUAAUCCACCUCCCCGAGAGGUGGUAUCUAGGUCAAUGGAAGAAUUCCUCCAUCAGCCUAGCGCUGUCUACACCAGCGGUUAGGUCAGCAUGGCUACGUCCCUCGGGGAGGGUGUGGAUUUUUCACCCCCCUGAGAGAUGUAGCUAUGCCGAUGUAAGUUUUCAGUGUAGGCCAGCCCUGAGAGUAAUCAUACAGGACCAGAGGGGCUCUUUCCUAUUUACUCUCCAUAGGGCUAGUGGGAGGGCUGCUGUGACUCACCGCACCCUGAUCCAGCUCUUUCCUGGGCUGCAGAAACCUUCCCUUUUCUGCACAGGUGGGGUGAAAUCCAUAUGUAGAUGUUCCCCUCCAUGCAUGGAAGAAGGGGGAACAAUCUGGCCCAGAAGGUAGUAAUAAAACUGCCCCUAUUUGAAUUUGCCCUGAGUGACAAUAGCACCUAUCAGCAGGCGUUCCAGGUGUUCCUUUUCUCCAUGUGAUAUAAAUGCAAGGAGAGCUUCUGUCUGUUUCUUCAGAAUCUCCAGACAAUGCCAGAUAUGUUCCUGAGGGAAAGGAAGGGAAAUGGUUCAAUCUGGUUUUUCUUUUCUGGGUUGGUCUCUCCUGCCCCCUCAAAACAAAACAUUACACUGGUGCCUGGAUUCCAUUUAAAUUGUGCUUUAGCUCUAUCCCGUUUAUUAACCCAAGAGGAAAACUACAGCUGAACCCAAGAAACUUCCAGCUGCUGGAAGAGAUCAGGUUCAAUCAACGUUGCCAAUUCAUGGUUGUAUUCUGAGUCUCGCAGUAGCUGAUGGUUUUCUUAAAGCCCCAGCUCCUGGAGUCAGGUGACUAUGUGAGACCUACAGCUUUCAUUAAAAACCUAAAUAUAUGUUCCUCGCCCACAUGUCCACGGACCAAAGCUUGGAAACACGAACCCUAAAGCCUCAAAAGCCAGACGGCAAAUAAAGAGACCC